AUGUCUAACAUUUUGAUUGAACAGCAUCCGCUGCAGAGGCUUCCUAGCCCUUCAAGAGGCCUGUCGGCUCUGGUUCAUAUCACCGGGCUUGCGAGCUUUCUAUGGUCAUUUAAGUUUAUGCAUGAUAAUCCUAAUAGGGCAGAUGAGGCAUAUGGCUGGCAUUUUCAGUAUUUGACCGUGAUUGGUCUGACCUUGUCUACGUUGACCUUUGCCGUUGCCUUGUUGGCAGAUAUUACCUUGUCCCGGCGCUUAUUUCUGGUCAAAAACCUGCUGUCAGUAUGCAGUGCACCGAUGGAGGUUCUAAUUAGCGUUAUGUACUGGGGGCUUCGACUGAUUGACGAGCGGCUAGUGGUUCCUGAUUGGGCUGUGAUACCCCUUCACGCGGAUAUUGGCUUCCAUGCAACCCCGUCUAUUGUGAUGUUGGUAGAUCUACUGUUUCUGUCUCCCCCAUGGACUAUCACCGCUCUGCCCUCAUUGGGAAUAUCGGGAACUAUUGCGUUUGGUUAUUGGUUUUGGGUGGAGCAGUGCUUCCUGUACAACGGAUGGUACCCGUACCCCCUUUUUGAACAGCUAUCAACCGUGGGUCGUAUUGGGCUUUUCUCACUGAGUGCCGUUGUCAUGGCGAUGAGUACUGUCACACUUCAAUGGUUAUAUGGCCGGGUAAAUGGAUUUGGUACUGGUAUCCCGAGUCAGUCUCGCCCAGGCGAUAUCAAGCGGAAGGAUGGUCUUUGA